AUGGUGACCAUAGGGAAUGCCAUUCUCCCGUCGGACUCGGACCCGGAGGACGAGGACUACGAGGGCAGCGAGGACGAGGCCGCUGCAACCACGACCGCCGCGGGGGCCGACGACGCUGCCGCUGGCAGGAGCGCCAGGAAGGCCGCGAGGCGGGCCGCGGAGGAGGCCUGGGCCGACAUGCAGGCCGAGGAGGCUCGCGCAGCUGCCGCUCGGAGGCGGCCCCCGCUUGCAGCAGCGGACCCUCUGGCGCGAGAGCUUCAGCGGCGCCAUCCGCGGCGCCCCAAGGACUGCUCGAAGCAGGGCGUCCUCGCCAUGCUGUCCAAGUACGGCGGCGCCGCUCCGGAGGACGGCCGCGCGGCAGUGCCCGCCGCGGAGUGGAAGCGGCGGGUGCGCGCGGCGGCCCCUGCUGCGGAGCCGGCGGGCCCCGGUGCCGCCGCGGAAGCCCCGAGCCCAGCGCCCAGUGCUCGGGCGCCCGGCGCCGCGAGCGGCCGCCAGGAGCUGGUCCGCUUCGCUGGUCAGCUGCUGACGGUGCGGCGACCGGGCCCGGCGCCGACGAAGCGGCGGCGAGGCAACGAGCUCGGGGGUCAGCUGGCCGGGCUGGACAAGCUGCUCGGGUCUUUGGGCAGCACCCGGGACAUCAGCGUGAUCGAGAAAUCGGGGCUCGACUGGUCAGACCACAGGGAGCAGGCGGGCCUGGCCGACCUCCACAGGGACGCCAGAGCUGGCGCGCUGGACAGGCGCGCGUUCCUGGAGCGCGCGGCGGCGCGCAGCGCCGCGCGCGGCGAGGCCGCUACGCGCGCCGCGGCACGCGCGAAAGCCCGCGCGGCAGCCCGCUCCGAAGCAGGGUCGUAA